AUGAAUACUAAGACGGAGGCAAAAGUUGCUCUGGUCGGCAUCUAUGAGGGCAAGACCUUCUGUUACGAAGACAGCGAAGAGAUACUUCCCGAGUUUGGCAUCACAGGACAUAUCUCGGAUCGAUUCGGACCAGACAAUGUUGAGCUGGUUAGCGAGAGCAGGAACAGGUCACGCUCCAGCUCACGCUCACGCCCGCGCCUGCGCCCGCGCCAACAAGCCAAAGUCCGCCUUCUCCACGCCUCGCUCGAGCUCAGGCUCGUACCUCGAAAUACCAUCGUCGAUACCAGCGACACCGAAAGCGUUGGGUUGGUUAAUGUGGACACAGACACGUAUGCCUCGAAGAGGAACGCCUACCCGACCAGGUACUGGUCUAAGACAAGGCGGAAUCACUCACAGGCACGAGAUGACGCCGGCCGAACACUUCGUCAGCAUGGACCUGACAGGGUUUUAGAGACGAAGGUGCACAAGAUCGACGGGAUGGGGUGGACCAAGAUGCUGACGGUCGCCACGCCGUACCCGAGGUUGGUCAUCCAUGAAGCCGAACUCGGACAUCAGUCGGAUCGCGACCCCGACACAUGA